AUGCUGCUAUCGUGGGUAUUGACUUCGGGCAUCAAUUCACAAAGGCAAUUAUGGCAGCUCCAGGAAUCCCAUUUGAGAUUGUCUUUACCGACGAGGGCAAGAGAAAGGACGCCUCUGUUCUAUCACUCAAAACCCGUAAUGAAAGGAAAAAAGGUCAUCGACACAGAAAGAGUAUAUGGCUCCCAAGUGGGUUCUCUUUGCACAAGAUUUCCAGAAGCUUGUGCAUCUAAUUUAAAAAGAUUGUUGGGUAAGUCUGUCGAAGAUGAUGCGGUUUCGGAGUAUGUGAAUCACCAUUUUGGAGUGACACUUGUUGCUGACGAGGCUCGUAAUGGAAGCAUACUCCUCAGAUUGGGAUCUGGAAACAACGUUGCCGAUUUUCCUGUAGAAGAACUUUCUGCUAUGAUGUUGAAUCAUGUGAAGGACAGAGUUCUUAAAACCUUGGAUUCUAAUCCGGACGCCCAAUCUAAAGCAGAAGACGUGGCAAUUUCAAUUGAACCAUUCGCCUCUCAAUUGAGCAGACUUGUACUUCUUGACACUCUUCAAUUGGCAGAUUAUUCUUCUGUGUUGGGUUUGGUCGAUGAAGGCACGGCAGUGGCUAUAGCUUUCGCUCUGAAUCACAAAUUGGAGGAUGAAGAGUUCGAUGGCAAGACAGUCCACUACGUUGUUUACGAUGUGGGUGCAGGCUCAACCACUGCAACGUUGUUUUCCUAUACUCCAUACCAGAACCAAACAGUUCACAUGGAUAUCGAGUCUGUUGGUUACGACGAAAGUUUUGGUGGCGAGUUUUUAACUACGCAAGUCUAUCAAUUAAUCUUUGAAAAGUUUUUGAAGGAAUUCAACUUGGAUGCAUCAAUCGUUUUGCCUCCAAAGUUGGCAUCCAGAUUAGCAGAAACCGCUGAAAAGGCCAAAACAAUUUUGUCAGCGAACACCGAGUACAAGGUUUCUUUGGAGAGCUUUUAUGAAGACAAAGAUUUCAAGACAAUCAUUACCAGAGAAGAGUACGAAAACAGCGUCUCUAGCCUUCUCGAACGUUCUUCCAAACCAAUUUUGGAUGCUUUGAAGAACUGCCCAAGUGGACCAAAAACUGUAAGCGACAUCAAGGCUGUCAUCUUGAAUGGAGGCGCGUCAAGAACUCCUUUCAUCCAGAAACAAUUGGUCUCUUUGCUCGGAUCAGAAAAUAAGAUCGCCAAAGUUGUCAACACCGAUGAAGCCUGUGCUAUGGGAACUGCAAUUCAAGCAUACAACUUGAAGACGUCAUCCAAACUUUCUCCAUUGGUGGUCAAUGAAAAACUUAUCAAAGAUUUUGGAGUAUCUAUUGGAUCUUCAGAAAAGCCAGCGACAGUUUUCAGCAAAGGAACGCUCUCUGGAAACUCAACUAUGGUUUCUUUAGGGCCACUCGAAGAUAAUUUCCAGCUUUCCUUGCAUGAAGAUGGUAAGCCAUUUGUGUACUACUAUCUUACUGGACUUUUUGCAAAAGAUCCAAUCCAUGAAGUGCAAGCUAGAGAAGAGAGAUUUGAUUUGGAACAUUCACAAUCGACAAAAGCAAAGAUCUUUACAUUAAUCUCGUUUUGA